UCAAAUCUCGGGACUGAUAUCUGUGUACCCGGCACUUUAUACGGUUUAUGAUCCUCCAUGAACGCGGUUGGGUGGGAAUAGUGUUAUAGUGAUUACGUCUUUUUGUAGGCAAACUCGGGAGUUACUUCCGCUAUGGGUUCCUUCGUCGUAAAAAGUAAGUUGCUCACAAGUUGCUAUGGGCAUGCGAGCCAGUAUGACAACAAAAGUGGCGAUUGCAAUGCGACCAUUGUUGUAGUUUAAAUAUAGCACCUUGUUAGCAACUUACUUUUUAAAAGCACAUACCAGCUUCGAAAUCCACAGUUGAUGUGUUAAUGGAUUUAAUUUAUCUCGUAGAACAAAAUCACUUAGGCUUACGUUCACCACAGACCUUAUUUUCGGCAGAAAAUGAAAUCCCUAUGAGAAAAAUGCUUUGGAAAUUUGACGAGGGAACCCAUGGCUCGAAAAUGCCAGCUUACUUCCGGGGUUUAGGACUACAAGCUGUAAAUACAUGGCGCUGAUUGGGGCGCCAAAUAAAUGAGGAAAAACGAGCAUGAUUUGAGCAUGUGUGCAGAGAAAUGUUGUUGGUGUUCUUUGAUGAUGUAGCAAUAGUAUCAGCGGUCAGGAGUGCGGGGUUCAUUAGUCAGUCGUCCGCAGUCCAAGUUACUUCCUGCCAGAACGAAGUUUGGCUUUCGACGGAUACUUCCAGGCUAAUGUAACUUGCUAUGUAAAUGGUAAUAUUAUUUGUUAUAACUUUAAAACUGGUUCAUUGGUGACUUGGUCAAAAUAACUCACACGCAACACAAAAUAGGAGAGUAAUGAUGCCGAGGGGGUGGCAAGGUGACUGGCCGUAGGGGACCUGAGUUCCCGGUGGGUUGGUGAGAUGAGAGGAUCACAUUUAUCAACUUACUGGAAUAAAGAGUAGGAAUUUAUUGGUAUUGAAAUGCACAGAAAUAUUUGUGUAAUGUGAGUGAUGAAAUUAGGAAUACAUAGCCCAUAUAAGGAAAUACAGCUGUUAGUGAUGUGGCUGAGUGAACAAGCAGGCAACAGUUCCCACUAAAUUUUUUUAUUUAUUUAUUUAUUUAUUUAGGAUGCCCAUUAGCAAUACACAGUGUGCAAAUUAAAUUGGACAAGAUAGUGAGAACAAGCAAUGCGCACUACAGGGCGUUACUGAUACGCCAGUGUUUGAGUCCUUCAGGGAUGGGGGAGUGCGUUGCUCAUGCUAACUGUAAUCUCUGAUUCUGCUUAGGAGCCAAGAUGUCCUUCACUCUAAACCACACCCCACUGGCUGUCGAAACAUUAUUUGUUUCACACUCCAUUGCUUUCUAAAUAAGUCCUUCAUUUUAUUUUUAAAAUACUCAUGUACAGCCAUAAAUACUUAUGUAAAUAAGUAUAAAUGCUUAUGUACAGCUAGUCAGCAAGGAAAGAAAUGUGUUAAAUAUUUCUUCAUUCUGUAAAGACUGUUUUGACAGGAAGUGGGGAAGGUGGAAGGGGAUGAAUAGGAAGGACUUUGCCCAACGUUAUCUGCCUCUGAAUGAUCACACAAGCCUGACUAAAGUCCUGUCUGAGUUCUGGUCUUUCGCUGGUUAGUUAGAAGCAAAUCAUCCACCAACAGUAACUAAAGAGAAAAGAAACAGACCGAAAGAGGACAAGCACUUCAUCAGAGGCUUGGGAAUGGAGACAACUUCAUCACUGAUAAAGUCAGUCUCGAGGAGGGUGUGGUCAGCCCCCCAGAGGCCCUUCAGAGCAUGCUCCUGUGACAGAGCCACGAGGAAGGGCGUUACUGCGGGAACGCUGCAGGAGCUGAAAGAGAGGGUUGCACAUGCCCUGCUGCUCUCCUCCAUGUCGCUCAGUCUGGUCUGUGAGGAGGACGGGACGGAGGUGGAGUCAGAGGACUUCCUCCUCAGCCUGCCUGAUAACACUGUCCUGAUGGGCCUGGAGCCCGGACAAACAUGGACCCCAUCACAUAAAUCUCAGGGGGGUGGAGUCUUGUUCUCCUCCACCAAUAAGAAGCCCCGUACAGGGCGUGACAUUGCAAGAGUGACCUUUGACUUCUACCGGCUGAACCCGCGCGACGUGUUCGGCUCCCUGAGUGUAAAGGCCACCUUCCAGGGCCUCUACUCCAUCAGCGCCGACUUCAAAUGCCUGGGACCCAAAAAAGUGCUGAGGGAAGCUCUGCGUGUGGCCUCCUCGUUGCUACAGGCUGUUGGUCACAUGCUGAUCACAUCGGCCUCUGUGAUUCGCCGCAUCAUCGAGGGGGCGGAACACUGGCAGCCCCACCCUUCCCCAGAGGGCUCCGCCUACCUUUCAGGACACUGGGACUGAGCCAGCCCCCACUAACCCCCCCCCCCCCCUUUCAGAUAGAGGGAAAUGUCUCAACCCUGAGCUCCACCCCUGUAGGUGUGGCUCCCUCCAUGCUAGCCUUCCUCAGUGUGUGAUCUUCACUUAUCUGUUGGGAUCGAGGUGUCAGUCAAGGCCUUAUAAAACCUUACAGAGCACAUGUUGUUCCGUACAUUUCAUGCUCAGAUGCAUGCUUGCAUUAAUGAGAAUUGCAUCUGUGAGGGAAUUACACAUCGCCGUACAAAUACUACCCCCAAUUCUGUACCCGAUUACAGCUGAAACAUAAUUUAUUAUCAGCUGAUUGCGCAUAAUUAUUGAUGUGAAAUGCUCCUGAACUCAUUGUUGCUUGUCUUAUAAAACUGUAAAUACACUGUU